AAACCCCUAAAAAAGAAGACUCCGAUCUUUGCCUACCUAGUUCCGUCCCAUAUCCCUCAUCCCACGCCGACGAGCCUCCACCGCCGCCGCCACGUGCGAGCACGCACCGGAGGAUCGGCGGGAGCUGCCCGCAGAACCCAGAGGGGACCCGCUUGAUUUGACGCAGGCGCGGGCGCGCAGCCAGAUGGCGGCGCCCUCGGGGAAGGCCGCAAUGGAGCGGCACCAGUCGAUCGACGCGCAGCUGCGGCUCCUCGUCCCCGGCAAGGUCUCCGAGGACGACAAACUCGUCGAGUACGACGCCCUCCUCGUCGACCGCUUCCUCGACAUCCUCCAGGACUUGCACGGCCCCCACCUCCGCGAAUUCGUGCAGGAGUGCUACGAGCUCUCGGCGGAGUACGAAACCGAUCGGGACGAGGCCCGGAUAGGCGAGCUCGGGGGCAAGCUCACCAGUCUGUCCCCCGCUGACUCCAUCGUCGUCUCCAGCUCGUUCUCGCACAUGCUCAACCUCGCAAACCUGGCCGAGGAGGUGCAGAUCGCGUUCCGCCGCCGGAGCAAGCUCAAGCGGGGGGACCUCGGUGACGAGGCAUCAGCGCCCACCGAGUCUGACAUCGAGGAGACACUCAAGCGGCUGGUCUCCGAGCUCGGAAAGUCCCGUGAGGAGGUGUUCGAUUCACUCAAGAACCAGACUGUCGAUCUUGUGUUCACAGCGCACCCCACGCAAUCCGUCAGGAGGUCCCUGCUCCAGAAGCACGGGAGGAUCCGAAAUUGCCUGCGGCAGUUGUAUGCAAAGGAUAUCACUGCCGAUGACAAGCAGGAGCUCGAUGAGGCUCUGCAGAGGGAGAUUCAAGCUGCCUUCCGAACCGAUGAAAUCCGCAGGACACCUCCCACUCCUCAGGAUGAAAUGCGUGCCGGAAUGAGUUAUUUCCAUGAAACUAUAUGGAAGGGUGUACCAAAAUUCUUGCGCCGGAUUGACACUGCUUUGAAAAAUAUUGGGAUUAAUGAGCGUCUUCCUUACAACGCUCCUCUCAUUCAGUUCUCCUCCUGGAUGGGUGGUGACCGUGAUGGAAAUCCAAGGGUUACACCGGAGGUCACACGUGAUGUUUGCUUGUUAGCAAGGAUGAUGGCUGCUAACUUGUACUUCUCUCAGAUAGAAGAUCUGAUGUUUGAGCUUUCUAUGUGGCGCUGCAGUGAUGAACUUCGGGUCCGUGCAGAUGAACUACAUCGUUCCUCAAAAAAAUCUGCAAAGCACUAUAUAGAGUUCUGGAAGCAAGUUCCUUCAAAUGAACCUUAUCGUGUCAUACUCGGUGAUGUCAGGGAUAAAUUGUAUUAUACGCGCGAACGUUCUCGCCAUAUAUUGACAACUGGAGUUUCUGACAUUCCUGAGGAGUCUACUUUUACUAAUGUCGAGAUGUUUCUCGAGCCUCUUGAGCUAUGCUACAGAUCUUUGUGUGCUUGUGGUGACAAACCUAUAGCUGAUGGAAGCCUUCUUGAUUUCUUGCGUCAAGUAUCAACUUUUGGGCUUGCUCUUGUGAAACUUGAUAUCAGGCAGGAAUCUGAUCGACACACUGAUGUCCUUGAUACUAUAACAACACAUCUUGGGAUCGGAUCCUACGCUGAAUGGUCUGAGGAGAAACGCCAGGAGUGGCUGUUGUCCGAACUAAGGGGCAAACGCCCAUUGUUCGGUUCAGAUCUUCCUCAGACUGAAGAAGUUGCUGAUGUUUUAGGCACAUUUCAUAUCCUUGCUGAGCUUCCAGCAGAUUGUUUUGGUGCUUAUAUCAUCUCAAUGGCAACUGCCCCAUCCGAUGUGCUUGCUGUUGAGCUUUUACAGCGUGAGUGCCAUAUAAAAAAGCCAUUGAGAGUUGUUCCACUAUUUGAGAAGCUUGCAGAUCUUGAAGCCGCUCCAGCAGCGGUUGCACGCCUAUUUUCAGUAGACUGGUAUAUGGAUAGGAUCAAUGGCAAACAGGAGGUCAUGAUUGGAUACUCAGACUCUGGCAAGGACGCUGGGCGUCUCUCUGCAGCGUGGCAAAUGUAUAAAGCACAGGAAGAGCUCAUAAAGGUUGCAAAGCAUUACGGAGUAAAGUUGACAAUGUUUCAUGGAAGAGGUGGAACGGUUGGCAGAGGAGGGGGUCCCAGUCAUCUUGCCAUAUUAUCUCAACCACCAGACACAAUACAUGGAUCACUCCGUGUAACGGUUCAAGGCGAGGUCAUAGAGCACUCGUUUGGAGAGGAACACUUGUGCUUUAGAACUCUGCAGCGCUUCACUGCAGCUACUCUCGAGCAUGGAAUGCAUCCCCCAAUUUCACCCAAGCCAGAAUGGCGUGCUCUAAUGGAUGAGAUGGCUGUUGUGGCAACAAAAGAGUAUCGAUCAAUAGUCUUCCAAGAACCACGCUUUGUUGAAUACUUCCGCUCGGCAACACCUGAGACUGAAUAUGGUCGGAUGAAUAUUGGCAGCCGGCCAUCGAAGAGAAAGCCUAGUGGGGGCAUAGAAUCACUCCGUGCAAUUCCAUGGAUCUUUGCUUGGACACAGACAAGGUUUCAUCUUCCUGUAUGGCUUGGGUUUGGUGCAGCAUUUAAACAUAUCAUUCAGAAGGACAUCAGGAACAUCCAUACUCUGAAAGAAAUGUACAAUGAGUGGCCAUUCUUCAGGGUCACCCUUGACUUACUUGAGAUGGUUUUUGCCAAGGGAGAUCCAGGAAUUGCUGCUUUAUAUGACAAAUUGCUUGUGGCUGAAGAUCUGCAGUCCUUUGGGGAACAGUUGAGACAAAACUUUGAAGAGACAAAACAGUUACUCCUUCAGGUUGCUGGUCACAAGGACGUUCUUGAAGGGGAUCCUUACCUAAAGCAGCGUCUGCGGUUGCGUGAGUCCUACAUCACAACCUUGAAUGUUUGCCAAGCCUACACCCUGAAGCGGAUAAGAGACCCCAGCUUUGAGGUGACGCCACAACAGCCUCCCCUGUCCAAGGAGUUCUGCGACAAGGAGCCCGCCGAGCUGGUGCAACUGAACCGUGGGAGCGAGUAUGCCCCAGGCCUGGAGGACACCCUCAUCCUGACUAUGAAGGGCAUUGCUGCUGGCAUGCAGAACACAGGCUAGGCCAGUAUGCCGCUUGUUGUAUAAAUAACGUCUUUCUUUUUGAAACGAGGCAAAAGACUUGCCAUUUUCAUUAAUUAAGGAGAAGGUCUAGACAUAAGCUGUAGAGCGGCAAAAAGAAAAAGAGUACUCGUCAGUGCCCAAAGAUGGGCUUCCUCUUUGAUCUUGGCAACAACAAUGGAAGUCGGGGUAGCCGUGUUGCGAAAAACUCUAGCGUUUCGCUCCUUUCAAAUUUCCCACGAGGCAAGCAUCAUCAAGGCAAGCAUCAUCACGGAGACAAUCGCCUUCUUGAUGUAGCUGCCUGAGUCGAUCAUUUUUAGCCACCAAUCAUAUGGUGAAUAUGUUUAGCUAGGUCGCCAAUGCUAGUGAACUCUGGAGGAAUUGGGCACUUCCGUGCCUUUGCUUAUGUACCCGAUCCAAAUGUCAAGGGGAAUGUAUGCCCGUGCCGAAUUAAAUAUGUAGUGAUAAUAUGCUUUUGUCUAAUAACAGGCUUGUCUCCAAGUCCGAAGUUUCAGGUAGAAA